AUGGCAAUAACCCCGCAACCCCCAUACCCCCUCCACUCCUCCGUCAAAGACAGACUGCACCCGGAAUACGUCGCCUUCUACAACACCUACAUCAUCAACCAGCAACAAGUCCACUACCAGCCCGUCAGCGCCUCCCGGACCAGCGGCGUCCUGAUCCCCGGCGGCGGCCCCGUCCUCGACGUGGACAAGGUAACGGACAUCCACAUCGACAGGAUAGAGACGGAGGGACCCUCGGUUCCCGUGAGGGUGUUUGUUCCUGAGGGGGAGCAUCCAGAGGGCGGGUGGCCUGUUUUCCUCUAUAUCCAUGGCGGAGGAUGGGUGUUGGGGAAUAUCGAUACGGAGAAUACGGUUUGUAGCAAUAUUUGUGCGAAGGGGAGGUGUGCUGUUGUUACGGUUGAUUAUAGACUGGCCCCAGAACAUCCCUUCCCAGCCGCAGUCCACGACAGCUGGGAAGCCCUACUCUGGCUCCUCUCCCCCAAGCCAUAUCAACACUCUCCAUCAACUCGAGGAAGAUCGUGGUCGGAGGCUCCUCAGCCGGCGGUAAUCUAG